UAACCUUAUGUGGCCAUCAGCAGGUUGGCACACUGUCAGGUGUCAGAUGUGUCACAACCCCUUUAAAUGCUGGGAUGAAUUAUACUGCAACUGUCAUUCGGGAUCCACUUUCUGUAGCGAUCAUCAAGAAUGUGAUCACUGUUGUCCUCUCCCUUGCAAUCAUAUACCUUAAUGCCACCCUGGUUCAUACAUUUAGAAAACAUCAGGUUUUCAACACAAACUCUCGUUACAUCCUUUAUAUCCACCUGGUAAUCAACGAUAUCAUCAUGCUGGCAUUGCUGAUCCUCCUCCAAGUCCUGAGUUACAUAUUGUUCACACUCAAUGUCUCAUUCUGUAUUAUAUUGCUAACGUUUGCCAUACCUUCCAACCUAAACAACCCCUUAACGCUUGCGGCCAUGGCUUUAGAGUGUUACCUGGCCAUAUGCUUCCCUCUGCGCCACCCCCAGAUCUGUACGGUCAGGAAAACCUACAUUGUGAUUGCUGUGAUAUGGUUUCUAAGUUUACUAACAUUCCUACCAGAUGUGUUCAUAGUGAUGGCCACAAGACCUGCAGAGUACUUUCAUUCCAGGAUUUUCUGCUUGUGGUCUAACAUUUUCACAAGCCCGAUCCUUGCAGAAAAGAAAUAUGUGUCCGAAAUUGUGUUUCUAGUCAUUGUUUGGCUCAUUCUCUUCUAUACAUACUUCAGGAUUCUUUUCACUGCAAAGGCUGCUUCAGAAAAUGCAAAGAAAGCGAGGAACACCGUCCUACUCCAUGGCUUCCAGCUGUUGCUGUGUAUGCUAAAGUAUGUCUAUAAUAUAACAAUAGCUGGCCUUUCAAGUUUGUUUCCGAAUGAUAUUCUGACUAUUCGAUAUGUAAUUUCAAUACUGAUUCAGGUUAUGCCACGUCUCAUCAGUCCGAUGGUUUAUGGUAUAAGGGACAAGAUGUUCAGAGAGUACUUGAAACGAUAUCUGUUGCUCACCAAUACAAAUGUUAAUCCAGAAAAGAUUUAAAUAAGACCAACAUAAUGUCGUAUCAUUUCAAGAACCCUUUUCAACAGCCAGCAAACUUUUGUGGGGUGCAUUCUUUAUUUCAGUAUACCACAGAAAACAGGCCCAGUGUCAAAGUAGUAUGGUGGGAAGGUUGAUUUGACUGAAUUUUCUCAGUAUGACGAUUCAGUCAUCCCUUGGUUUAAAUUUUGUUUCAGUGUUCUUAAAACAAAGUGGGAAGUUAUGACUGAUUUCUGUCAUGAAUCAGGGAUUAAUGUAGAAUUAAAAGUU